UUUCUUCACCUCUCUCAGAAACCUAAAACACUUCGACUGUGAGGAGAAGCAGACGCUGAUCGAUAAAGCCAGAGAGAGCUCUCAGGAUAUCAACUGGUGUAUCAACCUGAUCGCAGACUACAGAAUUCGAUUAUGUUGCCGUUCCUUCACGGGCACCCUCUUGGAGUACUGUGCCGACGAUAUGAGCUGCCCGGUUAGAAAAGAGAGCCGCCACAACUUGUCCCAGAUGACCUUCCCACAAAUAGAGGAGGUGGGCUCUGAAGACCCUCCGCCCGAGGCAACUCCCCCCAAGCCCCCCAGGAAGGUUCUCCCUGACCGGACGAGAGCAGCCAGGGACAGAGCCAACGAGAAGAUCGUGGAGUUCAUCGUGAAGGCCAAGGGGGCAGAUGAGCAUCUCCGCGCCAUCUUGAAGAGUGAAAAAGAGUCCCAGUGGUGGAAGAAGUUCCUCAAGGUGUCGCCGCACAUGACCCCCAUUGAGACCUACCUGGAGGACGAUGACCAGCAGGAACGCGUGGUCGAGUAUCUGAAGAAGGUUUACCGGGAAGUCGUUGCGAAACCUCUGCCAUUCGUAACUGGCGACAAGUUCAUCUUGGACGUCCUCUUUCCGGAGGCAAUCAUAUUUGCAAUUUCGGCUGUGGAUCAGAUCGACUACAAGAAGGCGGAACAAAAAUACAUCAGGGGGCCAGUGCUCAGCCAAAGGGAAAAGGAAAUAUUUGAAGAGGAAAUCUCAGAAAAGAAAAGGAAGCAGCGUCUGCAAGCGGCCGACCCGCUCUCCUGAAGAGACCUCGUA